AUGCAGCAACAGCAACAACAGGCCCAGCAACAGCAACAAACGCAGCAGGCGCACAGCAAAGUCCUAUCUCACGUGUCCGCGGCGGGUGACAAUGCACCUUCAUCUUCUCGGGCCGCAUCUUUCCGAGCAGCCGCCGCCACGGGCACGGCUGCCGGCGCCGUCGGCGGCAGCGGCAGCGCCUCCACCGCCGCCCCCCCCGGCGCCAGCUCCGCCGCCACCACCACCACCGCCGCCGCAGCCGCCCGUACCGGCGGGGAGCCCAGCGCGUGGAGCAGUACGGUCUCGUCCAAUUCCAGCUCCACUUGCAGCACCAGCAGUACGGCAACCGCCACGUCAGCUGCAACGUCUGCCUCCACAGCCACGAGCGCAUCUACCACAACAUCGGCUGCGACCGUUACCUGGGAGUCCGGAUACAUCACGCCCGCUCAGGCAUUAAGUAGGUACUCGGAGUACAUGACGCCGUACGAGCACAGCGAGGUGCUGGAGUACCCACAGGUCUAUUUCGUGGGUCGUUCGUCGGCUCAGAAGGUGUCCGGCAACCCCCACAGCAGCCGCAACAACUUUGGGUACGACGAUGACCGCGGUGACUAUAAUGUCGUACUGCACGACCAUUUGACGUACCGGUUUGAGGUGCUGUCCGUCAUGGGCCGCGGCUCCUUUGGCCAGGUGGUUAAGGUGCACGACUUCAAGACCAACAGUAUGCGGGCAAUAAAGAUCAUUCGCAACAAGAAGCGCUUCCACCAGCAAGCUCUCGUUGAGCUGCGGGUGCUGCAAAACAUCCGGGACUCGGACCCGGAGGACUCACAUAACUGCGUGCACAUAGGGGAACAUUUCUACUUCCGCAACCACCUGUGCAUCAACUUUGAGCUGCUGUCAAUCAACCUGUACGACUUCAUCAAGCAGAACAACUUCAUGGGGCUCAACCUGGGCCUUAUCCGCCGCUUCGCCCAUCAGAUCCUGGUAUCGCUGCGGUACAUGAAGCAAUUGCGGCUCAUUCACUGCGACUUGAAGCCGGAAAACAUUCUGUUACGGCAACCCAACCGCUCCGCCAUUAAAGUCAUCGACUUUGGCUCGUCCUGCUACGUGGACGAGCGAAUCUACACGUACAUCCAGAGCCGGUUCUACCGCUCCCCCGAGGUCAUUCUCGGGGCGCCGUACGGUACGGAAAUCGACAUGUGGAGCCUGGGUUGCAUCCUGGCGGAGCUGUACACGGGCUACCCCCUCUUCCCGGGUGAGGACGAGAUGGAGCAGCUGGCUUGCAUCAUGGAGAUCUGGGGCCCCCCACCUAAGGAGCUGCUGGAGGCGGCCUCGCGCAGGAAGCUGUUCUUCGACUCGGCGGGCAACCCGCGCCUGCAACCCAACAGCCAGGGCCGUACGCGGAUGCCGGGGAGCAAAACACUGCAGGCGGUUCUCAAGUGUAGCGACCCGGGCUUUCUGGACCUCAUGGAGAAGCUGCUACGCUGGGAUCCCGCAACUCGCAUUACUCCGGAGCAGGCGCUGCAGCACGUCUGGAUUAUGGAUCAGAACCCUUCCCCC